AUGCGACGGCAACGCAGGGUCUCUUAUACGUUCCGGAAAGUGGCCAGGCAAAAGUGUCAGUGCCCAUUUAUCGAGUACUGUGAUUGGGAUCGAGAUGGAGCUAUGAAAAUUCCAGACGACGAUAAGUUUGGUGCUUCGAUUGAGCAUCAAUAUGUUUCAACGGUUAGCCGGUUCUCAAUAAACAUUUUUCGGGCGUAUUUGAUCGAUCUUGUUGACGUUGGCUGA